AUUAUAUAUCUGUCAAACUUCCUUACUACUUUUUCAGUAUCUUUCAUAAAAUGUCAUUCACUUCUUGUCUUCUUGUUCUCCUUCUUUGCCUCUCUUUGCAUGCAUGUAAUGCCAGGCAUCUUCCCGCAGCUGAUGAUCAUAAAAGGCUGGAAAAGAGUGAUCAUGAGAAGAUGGGUUCUGAUAAGAUUUCAGCUCUGUCAAAGGUGCAAGCUUUCUUCUCAAAGCAAAAUGUCGACAGUACUACUAAAAACCGAAAAGAGACAAAGACAAAUCAGAAAACAUCUAAAGUGGAAGGAAAAACUUCUCCAGAUGCUGUUCAAACUGAGUCUCUUGUUUCAGUUUCGUGGCAUGUACCUCACAAGGAACACAGUGAAAAAAAUCCUGGCUUCAACUUGGACUACUCACCACCAAAGACACACCCUCCUUCUCACAACUGAUUUCUUCUUGUUUCCGCUGCUUAAUUAAAGGGUAUGUGCGUUUUAUCUCUCUCAUCCAAAAACAAGAUAGUAGUGAAGAACUUGUGUAGGCUCAAGUGUUUAGUCUUGCCAUAUAUGGCUGUAUAACAUAGGCUCUUGGAUUUCAUGUGUU